AACGAUUAUUAUGGGUGAAUUAAGAUGAUAGAUACCGUCAACCUACUUUUGUUGACCAAAACUUGGUUCUAAAAGAAAGAAAGCAAAAUAGAUAACAAAGAUGAAGACGACUCUCUCAUCUUCUUUUCUCUGUUUUUUCUUCUUUUCCUCUCCAAUCUUUCUCUCUCUCUCUAUAGAGCUUGUUGAUUGAUGAUCUUGAAGCAAGAAUCAUGAGGAGAUUCCUUCACAGAUUUCUCUUGGAGGAUAACGAAACCUUAUCGGACUCUUACUGUAAAUACAAAUGCAUCGAGAAGUUGAAAAGUAUAGGCUACUGUUCAUCCGAUUGUCUUGACGAGUGUCCUUCCAUAUGCCAGAUCGUCGUAGUUCCAGGUCUUUCUCCGCCUGCAGCGCUCCACCACGACGAUAACCUUAAGAGGAUCUUGAUCAUCGCGGCUUCAUCUAUCAUCACAACUCUGUUUCUCCUUACUUUACUUGUCCUCUGCUUCAAGUUUUACUAUAGGAGAAGAUCAUUGACAAUAUCAAGAAGAUGGAGCAUGGAAGAGGCUAGGAACUGGGAUUUUGAUGGACCGUCACCGGUUAUCGUCGACCAUCCGAUUUGGCAUAUCAGAACCAUCGGCUUGAAUCCAACGGUUAUCAGUUCGAUCAAAGUGUGCCAGUAUAGUAAAAAAGAUGGUGUUGUGGAAGGAACUGAUUGUUCCGUAUGUUUAAGCGAAUUCGAAGAAGAAGAGACGCUUAGAUUGUUACCAAAGUGUAGACACGCUUUUCAUCUUUCUUGUAUUGAUACUUGGCUUAGAUCACACACCAAUUGCCCUCUCUGUCGUGCUCCUAUCGUCGUGGCUAACACGAUGAUGAUUGAUGAUGGUAGUAGUGAGGGUCAAGAGGAGAUCGGUGUGAUGAUUCCGGAAGAAAGUGGAGAUGAUGAUGAUAUCGAUGAAGAAAUCGAGGAAGAAAGAGAUGGGUUUGUUAGUAAUAUUGUUAGUAGAGAUCAUCAUGGUGAAUCAUCGCCGCAGCGAGUGAGACGAUCAGUGUCGUUGGAUUCGUUAUCUGGUUUAAGGAUAAGUGAACUUGUUGUCGGUAGAGAAAAGGAGAAGUUGAAAAGAGGCAAUAUUGGAUCAUCUAUUGUUGUUGGGAGGUCAAGUUUCUUGAAGAGAUCUAUCUCUUACAGUGGAAAGUAGUAAGAAAAACAAGAGAUGUUCAUUGCUAUAUGAAAUAAAACAACAAGUCCAUCAAGUAAGUUUCUUGGGGAAGAAAAUCCAAAUCAAACCCUUAAAAGAGAUAAUAGAUUGUAUGUAUAACCCAAGGUGAUGAUAUACGAUUUUGUUUAUCAGAGCUGCUACUACUCUUUGUAAAGUCAAAAGAGUUAGAUCUGCAGCUUCUUCUCAUACUCUGCUUUAGAUACUCUUGGAAUUUUGGAUUAUGUUGAUAAGUAUACGAUACACCAAAGUUUCAUUAUACUUGUUUUUUGGGUUAUCAUAUCUGGAUUUUAAUUAAUUUCAGAUAACUGUGUCUUAUGUGAAUGGGAUUUUACAUUUAUUUAAAGUGGAUUACUGGA